AUGUUGUGUUCUUUUCUUGUCCUUUUUCAUCUUCCCUUUCUCCCAUUUUUCGGUUUCUUCUCAGGAAAAGAAAACCUAUCCUCAAAUUUUUUCCCGUUUAUUUGUCUCGUUUUCCAAAUAAAAGUAAUUUUCAGAUGUCUUCUGACCUCUCGGCAGAAACAUCAAAGUCAAACGAGAGCAGUCAGGAAAGUCAACAGACGAGCGGAUGGAAAUAUAAAUUAUAUAACGAUAGGUCGAAAGUUCUUAAAAAGAACAGAACCUUGUAACCGUUUACGACAUGUUCCUCCUGAUGCUUUCAAAUCUCCCAGAAAAAAGAAGCCAGGUGGAAAAAUAAUGGUUCAAUGGUUUCUCAACGAUUUCGAGAAGUGGGAAAAGGAAAAUAGAGAAAAACUAAAAAAUCAAUUAACAGAAGAAACUGUCAGCAAUGCUACUAAAUAUGUCGUUCGCGAUAUCAGUCUAUUGAAACCUUUCUCCACGAUUUUUGGAUUUUCGGAAGACCUGGUACUAGAGAGAAGAGACGAAGUGAUUCAAGAAUAUUUCGAGACGCGCCAAUUCAAAGAAGCUGCUGAUCUGAUUAUGCGAUACGAUUUAGUUGACAAGUUUUCAUUUGAAGAACUUGUCCUUCCUCUAAUUCUAUGUGAUAAGUGUCAAGUUGUGGAUGAAUUGUUGAAGUUGAGUCCUCGAUUUCAAAAAGAAUACAUCACAUUUUUCGAUCAACUAGUUGGAGAAACAGAUGAAAAUGUUGAUGCCUUUUUUGAACCUUAUAAGCAACAAGGAUUACUCACAAUCAAUACGAAUCGAUAUCAUGGAAAGUCGUUGACGACAUUCAUUCAAAAGUUUUUCAAUGGAAUUGCGAAACGAAAUAACUUCGACCUAGAAGAACGAAGAGAUGCACCAAAAUUCGAAGGAUACAUGAAAGGAAAAGCAUUGAAAUAUUUCAGUAAGCAACGAUUUGAACUAGGUGCGAUGUCAGAUGAAAUCUACUUUGAACAUGCAAAAAAUACACUUCAAAAUAGUUCCAUGGAUACUGUAUGCUAUUAUUUUAUGUUGUUAUGGAAUACGAGAAUCGAGGAAAGACGGUUGGUUUUUCGAAAGUUGGCUAUGCUUCGAAAUAGUGUUUUCGAUUUCAGUAUUGAAGUUCUGUUUUGGAUAAAAUACAUCAACAUCCCAGUCGAUUAUCCAGGCCUUCCUUAUGGAGCUCAGAGGUUUUUCAAAAACCCAGAUCCUAAAUUACUUGCAGAAGUCGAGAAGCUAAUUGGUUUAAGAACAUCCCAACCUGAAGAGGAGGUAACCGAACAGUUGUUUGUUUUUGAAAACGAACAAAAAUAUCCAAUUAAAAUUGUCAAAACGGAAUCAGAACUAGAAGACUUGUGUGUUGAAAUGGAUGAAGUAGAAAACGGAACUUUUGUUGGAUAUGAUUCAGAAUUCCGACCUGGCCACUUGACAGACACAAACACUAUCAAAGUGGCCACAAUUCAACUUUGUUUUCAUGAUACAACCUAUUUGAUCGAUUGUGUAGAAUUGGAAAACGAGAAACUCCCAGAUAAAAUGUGGAUUCGACUGUAUCAAAGUAUUUUUGAAUCGAAAAAGCUUACUGUAGUUGGAUUCGAUUUGAAACAUGAUAUCGAAGCGCUGUUUUCAAUUCAUCCUAUCAGACAACAAUUCAAGAUUGAAGACAUCGAAAACUUUGUUUGUGUCCGACGCUUCUCUGAAAUUUUGAUGGAAAUCGAUAUCAAUAUUUUGAAUCUGUCAAAAUCCUGUCGACUUGUGAACCUUUCUGAGGAACUUCUUGAUAUAACUAUUGAUAAAUCAGAACAAAAUGGAAAUUGGAUGUCUCGCCCAUUACGAAAGAGUCAGAUUGUCUACGCUACUAUGGAUUCAGUAGUUGUUCUGAAAGUGUUCGAGAAAGUCCUGGAAUUGGCUCAGAAGUACGAGCAACCAUUGGAAAUUGAUAAGUUGAUGGAGGAAUCCAGAGUAAGAAGGGAAAUGUAUUACAGCAUUUCCAUGGGAAGAGGUUUAUCAGGUAAGAGCAAAAAAACUGGAAGGAAUAUUUCAAGCCCCGCCCACUUCCAGGUCAUUCAAGACCAUCGUGACCCAACAAAACCACUUCAAAAACCAUUUGAUCUGAAACUUGUCAUUGAUACAAUGCUCCUCGGACUUGGAAAAAACCUUCGACUUCUUGGUGUCGACGUCUACAUUCCAAUCGAUUCUAAUGGUUUUACCAAGUACCUUCGAGAAAUGAGACUCUCUUUUCCGAAAAAUCAACGAUUGAUCAUAACGGUACCAUCGAAAAGCUACGAAACACAUAAAGAAGAGAAUCCGAAUGCACACUUUUUUGUGCUCAACAAUGUCUACAAUACCAGAAAUCCGUUGGAACAUCUAGGAAACUUUUUGAACUUUUUCAAUUUGGAUAUUCGCAAAGAGGAUGGAUUUGCGAAACUUGAAUCAUGA